UUAUGAAAAUAUUUUGCUACCGUUGCAAGCUUUUCUGCUCCUAAAUAUUUGUUAAUUUUAGUGCAAUAUAGUAUUAAUUCAUACUGAGUUGUUUAUUUUGUAUAUCCAAUUUUGUUAUUACAUAUUUACUUGCAUUUGAAGACAACAUCUUUCUAUUUAUGAAUACGAGCUAUGUACUUAAUUUUACUGUUCGUGUUUCGAUAAAUGUAUCAUUUUGUUUGAUGAGCAAUGGAAGAAGUGCGACAGUUGGUUCAAGAGGAAGGGCGAGAGGCGCGUAAUUUAGUAGCUUUCCAUGUUGCGGUGGAUAGUCCUGCUCGAGUGUCUCGUAAGCCGCCGAAAGCGCUUCCCCCGGCGCGACGGGCGCCUCCCCGCGCCACUCGACUUCGCUCCGCCUCGGCCGGCCGCGACAAGCGCUCCGAGCUCAGAGCCAGAUACUGGGCCCUGCUGUUUGGAGACCUGCAGAGAUCGGUGGGAGAAAUUUACAACACAGUAGAAGCCCAUGAGAAUGUAAAUGAGUGCCAAGAAGUAAUACUUGUACUUGAAAAUUAUACCCGAGACUUUAAAGCGCUCGCCGAGUGGUUCAGACUAAAAUGGGAGUACGAUAACACGCCUCCUCUUCAGAGGCCGCAGAGUUUGGCGUGGGAGAUACGGAAAACGGACUUCGUGCGACCGGAAUCGAGACGCGCGUAUUCAGUAAAAAGUUCUCCCUCGGUUUCAGGAAAGAAUAGUCCUUGUCUCUCGGGACACAACACUCCCAGUGGCAAAAAUAGUCCUAAUCUAACUGGAAAAGCGAGCCCCGGAAGUGGUAAAAUAAGUCCUAGAAUAGUCUCACACAAUUCUAGUCCAAAGGGAAAUAUUGAAUUUUUUAGUAACAAAAUUGUUGCUUCGAAGAUAACAGCUAAACCGGAACCUAAGCUAGCUAAAGAAACUUCUAGAUUAUCGGAUAUCAAAGAAAAAGAAACAAAGGAGACAAACGACGAAGAUGAGUUUUUAAAUAACCGUAACAGUCUUGGAGAUGAACUGCAGAAACGGCCUACAAUCGUAAAUUCAAAAGAUAUGGAUAAAGAUGGAAAAAGCUCUCCGCUUAAACUUGGUAAAACUAAAUUACAAGAUGUGGAACCUGCUGCUAGUUUUGCAAAUACAUCCCCAGAGAACCUUUCUGGUGCAGCAAUCACUACAAAACUACUAGAUGAGAUGGAAAACUCAUUUUUAGCGAAAAAUCUAAAAGAAAAUUAUGCCAAAAAUGAUAAUGUGAUAAAUAAAGAGGCUGAAAAUCGCCAAAACACUCUUAAUUCGCCCCAAGUACAAGAAAAUAACUCGACUGAUUCUAAAGAAACGCUAUUUACUGAAUCUCCUAAUAUAUCUGAAGACAAUUUUGCAGAUAUAUCGAAUGAGAGUUCUAAUAAGUCUGAUGAAAUUAAGACAGAAGUUUCGAAAGAUAUGAACGAAAAAAAGACACCAGAAAAUUUAAAAGAAGGAAAAACUCAAAACGAGAAAAUUCAUACUGUUUAUGAAACGACCUCUCCACAAUCGAAGGAUUAUCCUGAAAUUGAUGGGCAUACAAUACUGAACACGAACAAAGACAGUAUAGAAAAUAAUAAAGUAGACGAUCGCCAAAAGCAAGCGCUAAAAAUGUGUACAGAUAAAUUACUAAUUUCCGAUGCAGAAAACGUUAAAAGUAAAGUCAACGCUUCUUCUCCAUGUAAAGAAAAUUUAAAAGAUGAAAGUCAGAAAAAAGAGACUGAUGUUAAAAAAAUAGAAUCGAAACAAAUUAUUGAAGCAAAACCAACUGUCCGACCAGCUUAUUCUCAAGCUGCUGCAAAGCCCAAAUCUCCCAAUAUCUCCAAAGUUGAAAAUAAAACUCCAACCAGAUUAGUUCGCAGCUCGACAGUUGUUGAAAUGCGACCAGCGGUUCCAAAAACUCAACGAUCAUUCCAGAAAAAAGUUUCAACCAAUAAAUGCAGUUAUCCUUUUAACUUAACUACUGGGCGAACUAGUCUUUUUGAUACACCCGCAAGUGCUUCAAGUAAGGGAAAUACUUUGAAUAGGUCUUUGAACAAAAGUGUUCAAAUGGCAUCAGGCGAUGGAAAGUUUAAUACACUCAGCAAAACAGAACCCAAGAGAAAAAUUUCUAGGCCAACAUCAUUAAAAGUGAAUGAGAAACCUACAAAACAGGAUACCAAGCCCUAUAAUUCAGAAAAACUGAACGAAUGCCAAGACCAUAGCAGCUCAGAAACUUUGACUGCUCAAAUUGAAAUAUCUCGUAUUGAAUCAAAUGAAAGCCUAAAAACUUUGGUCCCUAAAGAUUUCGAAUCGUUACAAGAUAUAUCUAGCUCAGUUGAAGUACUGAAUAUCGACAAUAAAAGCGAUAAUGACGGCUGGCUGACUGUCAAAUCGAGAAGAAUAAUAAGGGAAUCUAAGAAACAUCCGAAGUCUCAUUGGGCCAAACGAUUUAAUCAACCUUCAGCUACAACAAGCUUGCCAACCCUUAAUAUGUUAGAAUCGCCAAAACAGGAGAACAAAAGUAUAACUGAAAAGGGGGAAGUUAAGAAAGAAUAUAGGGCAAAAUCGGAACAACCACCGCAAGUUGAGAAGAAUGAGCCUCCUAUCAAACAUGAGAGAAGCAAGCCGGCGUCCAAACACAAAUCGAGUCAUAGAGCCAAAGACUCUUCAAUGGUGAGACAAAAGUCUGACGUUACCGGCUUAAAGACGAGGUCUUCCAAAAACAGAGCAAUAAGUAGACGUUCAGAAAGAAAAGGUAUUCCCAAGGAAGAAGAUUCUGAAUUGGCUGGCAGUAGAUUGCAUUCAUCUUUAGAAAGCCUAACAACUGCCUUAGCUCGAUCGCAAGAGAGUACAGAGGACGCCUUCGAUUUUGACAAAUGGAAGGCUGAAUUCAAGUCCACAUUCAAAUAUUUCGACGAUGAUGAUGGUAUAUCAGAUCAUAAUGAAAUAUUGAAGACAGCGGAUCCAUCAGAAAUGUCUGAGAUAGCAGAAAUGACGUCACUCAUAGAAGAGAACGAAAGGAAAAUGAGCUUAGCACUUGACUUCCAAUGCGAAGUGGAUCAGCGAAAACUCUGCGAGGAAGAAGAUUUACUAAAUAGACAAAUUUUGGAGCUACAACAAGUGUCUGACGUAGAUAUUGACACUGAAACGGACGAUACAGAGACUGAUGCUGAAAUUCUUUGUGAGGGUCCACCAGAAUCAACGCCAUCUCAAGAAUCACUAGGAUCUCUCGCUGCGAGUUUGGAAGAUCAGUAUGAGACGGCUCUAGCGGGCAUGUCUUGGGCGGAGCGAGUGGACACAUUAGUCGUGUUGGAGGCUCUAGUUGCUAGAGAUCCAGGUCGCGCUCAACAGUUACAUGCUAAGCUGUCACAGGGCAUUAAACGACGAGGGAGCUUACAGGACGCCUUGCGGAGGCUUCAAACUAAACAAGCGCGGGCUGAGCGACAGAGAAUGGAGUAUCAAACAGAACGGGCCAAGAGAAUACACCAGCUGUUGGCACGAGUCGAGGAAGUCAAGGUUGCUAAAAAUCAACUGAUUGAAGGCAAGCGUUUGAGAAUGGAAAGAAGGCUGCAGAAAGCUACAGAGAAUCGCGAUCAACAUUUGAAAGACAUAGUCCGCAAAGCUCACGACGAGGAGGAGAAACUACGGGAGAUCGCGUUCAUAAAGCAGCUGGAGGCUGAGAACAGGCGACACGAGUUCCUCGACCAGUGCCGCUCUCACACCACGCGGUUGAGGCAGAUGCGGCGAGACCGUCUCGAGAAACUAGAGGCAAAGGCAGCUCACGAGGCGGCUGUCGGCGAGCGGCGUGCGGCGCUCGAGGCGGCCAGGCAGCAUCACGUCGCCGGUUUGCUGCAGCGGCGCCGCGAGCGGACCGCGCAUCUCGAGCAGCUGCGGGAACGCGAGCGUCGGCGGCGUGGAGAUGCGGCGCGGGAAAAGGCGGAAGGCGUAAAAUCCCGUCUAUCCGCAUUAGCGGCAGCAGCCGAGCUCGAAGCAGACGCGUUACGUUGCCGCAUCAGAGAUAAGCAGGACGCCAGUCAGCUGCGGCUCGAGUCGCAUCUACAAGCGAUACGCGAGCGUGCUACCGGCCCGAGACAACCGACUACGUCUGAAAGCCAAGACCAACCAAAUGAGAUUAAUGAAAUAGAAGAGGAGGCUCAGAGAAAGGAACAGGAGAAAAAGGAGAGAGAGAAACAAAAGACUAUUAAGAAGAAGGCGAGGAAACUUAAACAGAGGCUGCUAGCUAGUGGCACUGUAUCCCCAGUUAGAGAAGCAGACUUUUCGAGUAUCGAUCCAAUCUUUUGCCUUGCGAGCAACAAAAUCUACAAAGUGCUGUCAUCCCUCAAUAAUAUGAUAUCUUCAUUGAAUGACACUAAACCUGUGAACGGAUUCGAAGCCGAAGAAGAAAAACCUAAAAAGAAAAAGAAGUCAAAACUCACCAACGGAGACACAGAGAGCGUAAAAAGCGACGACAAAGAUAAACUAAAUAAUAACAACGAUCAGAUAAAAGAAAAAGAUCAAACGCAAAAAGAUGACAAAUUAACUAACGGCGAGAAGACCAAUGAAGAUAAAGAACCAAAGAAGAAGAAUAGAAAAAAGAAUAAGAAUAAUAACGACGUGCCGAAAUUGAGUAAAACUAAUUCUGUGUGUAGUUCUAUGAGCGACAUGAGUAGGAACAGCGGUAAGAGCGAGAAGAAGGUUGUGCUGGAUUUGCCGCAGAUGGAGAAACAGAUGAACGAGUUGUAUCGCUUUAUGGAGAAACUUGAUAAGACAAUGUCGGACAAAACUUCUGUGCUGCGGUACUACACAGUGAAGGUGAUUGGAGAUCUGUUAGAGAUUGCAGCCGAGAAAGAGGAACUAGCGUCACAGUUGUCUACUAAGUGUAUAACAACGGCGGUGACGCUGGCGUCGCGCGUGCAGGGCGGCCUCACCGCCAACUGUUGCGUGCACCUGAUCACACUGCUGGCGAGACAACUGGAAAAAGACCUUCAGUCGGACCCCAAGGAGUUGGAUCUAGCGAAACAGCUGUCGGACUGUCUGUCCGUCGCCUUCGACACGGUGCUCUGCUUCACCAGGGUAUACCAGGAGAUGGAGAAGAAAGACAAGAAGAAAACCCUGAGCGCGCUGAGGAAUAGAGCGCAUCUGCUUAUCUGCUACCUCUGCAGCAGCGGGUGUAUUACACGCGCGGAGAACGCCGGCGAAGUCCGCGAGAGUAUCCAGACGUUGCUGACCGUGUGCGCUGACCUGUGCCAUCCGUGCGACGCUGAUGUUGGCUCAGAAAGAUCGUCAGCGAAGCAAGCGCUCCGGUCAGCUCUAGGGAAGAGCAUCUGCGGUUCCCGCGCGGAGUUCUGUCUGCUGUUCGCUCAGGGCGCGUCGCUGGAGCAGUGCGGCGGGUUCGUGCGGGCGGCGCGGACGGCGCACUUGCUGAGAACCAUCGCGGAGAUGGACCAUGAGAUCCUACAGGAAGCAUUCGGGGAAGGAAGAUGGCCGCUGGAGUUCCGUGCAGCUGUGGCAAGACUGCUCUCGCAACACGCGCCCAACGAAAAGGAAGCGCCAAGAAAAUUGAGUGAGCUCCAAAACCCCCGACUGGACCAGACACUGUCGGAGACGAUGGUGCUGGACCUCAUCGUGUUGGUGGGAUUCGUGGUCGUCAACAAUCCACAACUACAGGAGACGAUCUGCUCCGGCUGGAGCGUGAUCAAGACGCUGUGCACGCUGCCGGCGAACUGGCUGGUGUCUUCGGUGCGGAGCCGCGCGCUGCUGCCCACGCUCGUGGCGCUCGCCGACCACCCCGCCUCCGCCGCCGCCAUCUCCGCCGAGCUUAGCAUGGAGAUGCUUGAAGAGUUCUUAGAAAAUCCCGAAACGCAGACCAUCAAACUGAUUCAAGUCAUCAAACAGGGCAGAGCAAAGAACUGCACUGGUCUUUUAAAGACUGGGAACUUGCCAUUUAUAAUCUGAGAUAAAAAUGUCACAACCCGGAAAAAACACAUAAGGACACUGACUGAAGCAAAACCAUCUUGCCGGAUCUUACGUACAAAUCCCAACUAAUAAAAUUAUUAACAAGGUCUGAACCUUAACCGUCCUUGUCUGUCAUAUGACUUUUCAAAUGUAUUAGACAAAGACAGCAGACGUUAUUGGGUUAUUUUCUUUAUAACAUUUUAUUAGUGAUGCUGCUUUGCCGAACGGUAGUAUACAUUUUCAGUCAACAUAGCAAGUGACAGCUAUUAACCGCCGCACUCAGAGACGAAUAGUAAUAAUUACUUACUUAACUGUAACUAAAUGGAGAUUUUGAC